GGCUAUAUCUUGCUCCCCUGGGCGGGCGGCUGCAGAUGGGGCCGGGCAUGGCCGAGGGGCAGGGCGCGGCGGGGGCCCCCCUGGACAAGGUGAAGCGCCCCAUGAACGCCUUCAUGGUGUGGUCCAGCGGGCAGCGCCGGCGCCUGGCGCAGGAGCACCCCAAAAUGCACAACUCGGAGAUCUCCAAGCGCCUGGGGGCCGCCUGGCGCCGGCUGGGCGAGGCCGAGAAACGCCCCUUCGUGGAGGAAGCCAAGCGCCUCCGCGCCCGCCACCUGCGGGACUAUCCCGACUACAAGUACCGGCCCCGCCGCAAGGGCCGGGCCCCUGCCAAGGAGCCGCCGGGGGACCACCCACCGCUCCCCCAGCUGCCCGCUGCCCGGCCCUGGGGCUACGGUGAGCCCCUGGGCUACCAGCCGCCCCGCUACCCGCCGGGCUCGGCCGGCACCGGCUACGGGAACGCAGCCGGAGGGUACAGCGGCCUGUCCUACGGCCCCCCGACCCCGACGCCCUACAAGCAAGACCCCGCGCCCCACCCCGGGGUGCUGCCGGCCGACUUCCGCGACAUGAUGGCCGCCUACGGCCUGCAGGCCUGCGACGUGGGCGAGGGCUUCCCGCAGCUGCCCUACGAGCCCCCCGGGCCAGCGCCGCUGAUGCCCCUCUAGCCCGCGGGGGGCUGGGACCGAGGGGGGGGCAGCUUUUUAUACGGAAAGAAGAAAAAUGUGGAGGAGGAACAAAGUUUUGGGGGGACUCCAUGGGGGUUACCCAGUGACUCCAGCCCCAGCAGGGGGGACUGGGGGGGCAGGGUGGAGGCUCUCUUCCCCCCCACCCCCAGCACCCCAUCUCCCCCUCACACACACACAUUAAAGCCACCCCCUCUGUUAACUCUUUGCUAGCUUCUCCCACCCCCUAAUAAAUCAGGUCCCCGAGCACUGGCACUAGAAAGAGGGGGAGGUAGUGAGGGGCUGAAAAAGGGGGUGCAUGUGGUAGGGACAGCCCAGAGAAGUGGGGGGGCUUGCACCCCCCCAGAAAAGGCACUGGGGCGCUGUCUCUGUUAAGGUAGUUUGACAACAUAUUUUGUAAAGAGAAUAAACCUGGUUCCUGGACGCGC